AUGUUUGCAGGUCGUUCAGCCUCUCUGACAGUCCUGGCGCUCCUUGCUCUUGGAAUCACGGAUGCCAUGAGGACUUUGAAAGAGGGUCCGAUGAUCGAUGCUGAAGGAAGGGAGUAUAAAGUAGUUCUUCUGCCAGAAAGCCAACCCCAGCUGAGCCACAGACCCACUGUCCGCGUGGAGUGCACCGAGAGGUCCAUGAUCGUCUUCAUUCAGGCAGACCUCUUCAGAAACGGCCGUCUCGUGUCCCCAGGAGACCUGUUUCUAGGAGAUGCCCAGUAUUCAAAAGCCGAGCGGUGCCAAGCUGUUCUGAGUGGGGAGCACGAAUAUGUGAUUGAAGCUGGUUUGCAAGACUGUGGCUCCAACUUAAGUAUAUCUGGUGAUGAUGUGAUUUACUCAAACAAGUUGAUAUUCAGGCCAACCUUCAGUCACCAUGCUAUUACGAGGAUGACGCAUGCAGUAGUCCCCGUUUCCUGUCACUAUAAAAGGACACACACUGUAAGCAGUAACGCUCAGCACCAAGCCAUAACCUUCUCCAAAUCAGCAAAGUUUUCCACCGGGAACUCUCCUUUCUCUCUGAAGCUGAUGGGUGGUGACUGGUCAACUGAGCUGUUCUUUAACAGCUUCCGUCUUGGGGACCUCCUGCGCCUCGAGGCAUCGUACACCGGCCCUGAUCCAAGAUGGCUUUUCAUGGACAGCUGCGUUGCCACCCUGACACCUGACAUGACAUCAGUGCCCAGAUACUACUUUAUUGAAAACAAUGGGUGCUUCACUGACUCGAGAGGAGGAGGGUCGAACGCUCUGUUCAGGCCAAGACUGAGAACUGAGUCACUUCAGCUGCAGCUUGAUGCCUUCCUCUUUCACAAUGAUUUAAGAAACACAGUAUUUGUAACUUGCCAACUGAAAGCUGCACCCCAAACGUGGCAGAGCAGCCCUUCUAACAAGGCCUGCAACUACGUACAGUCCAGCUGGAGGAGUGUGGACGGCUAUGAUGCUGCGUGUCAGUGUUGUGAUGACGUGUGUCCUAGAAGUCCACCUACAGAUGAAGUUCUUUGUGACACUGUGACUAUUGGCCCGAUGGUGAUUCUCCCCAGCGACUAAGCUGAGGAUAAAUGUGCAGAUGACAAACGCUCAGCGCCUAAUGUAGAA